AUGCAGUCUAAUAUGGAUGACUUUAGGCCUCCGGAAAACCCUUAUGGGCCACCAGUUGCACCACCUCAAAGAGUAGAAACACAACUGCAACGAGGGUACAGAGGAGGAAGUCGUGCUCGUCAACCACGACAUUGGAACCGUAUUCCUGGAGGUGGUCAGCAGAAUGGGAAUAAUGUUGGUAAUGGAAAUGUAGGAGGAAAUAAUAAUGUUAAUACUAGCGGAAGAGGAAGAAGGGAUAACUAUUACACUAGGCGUGCUCGUGACAAGAGUAGAGAAGAAUGGGCUCAUAGGCAGUAUGACAAUCGUCAGUCGAGAUCUUAUCGAGAUGGGUCAUCAUAUCGUGAGGGAUCCUCUUAUCGUGAGGAUAACUCUUCUCGUCGUGAUCGUAGUAGGGAUGGCUGGCAAGGACAACGACAAUAUGAUGGCCGCUCCUCACGUUCAUAUCGUGACAAUGGUCCGCCAAGACAAAACCGCCAAAAUCAAGGUGAUCGACAGCCACCUUGGCAUCAAGACCGAUACCAUCAAUAUUCACAACAGAAUGGCAUGGCACAACCAAAUAAUUGGGCAGCUAAUAAUCUUACUGGUACUAACGGACCACAUAACCCACAUACGCUUCCUUCUGCAGCGCAUAAUUCGCUGAUACCACCAGGAACACUCGUACAAGGUCAUGGUACUCCUGGUGCCCCUGGUGUUUCGCAACAACACACGUCGCAAACAUUAUCAGGACAAUUAGGACCUCCAGGCGUAUCUGGACAACAUGGCCUUCAUGGUAUGCCACAAGGACCUCCCGGUCAAAUUAGUCAUCAGACGCAAAUUAGUCAAGGAGUACAUAUUGGACAUAUGGGGCAGAGUGAGCACGAACGGCAGCAAUCCACGCAUUUAAGUCAGCCAGGUGCUCCUGGAACACAUUCGGCAAUUACUUCAUAUGUAGAUCAAAAUAAUUAUCAAGAGCCAGCGCCUUUUCAAGGACAAUUGCCUCCUCAAAUACAAUCCUGGGAUCAAAGUGCGACCAAUUAUCACCAACAGAGUCAUCAUUAUCAAACCGAUGGUUAUUAUCACCAUCAUCAACAUGCGUAUGAACAUUAUCCGGGUCAAUAUCCUUCGUAUAUAAAUAACAACGAUUACACAAGCUCCACCACACACCCGCUACACGUAUCACAAUUACGGUCGCCGGUUUCUCCAAACAAAACCUAUCAACAACCUCAACAGCUACCUGCUUUACCAACUCAAUCCUCCAACCCACCGGCAGCAUCACAAUCCUUGCAGUCAGGAUCGCAGAACGUUCCUCCUGGAUUAUCAAAUGUUGCGGCCACACCGCUCCAAGUCAAGCCAACUGAAUUAUACGAAAAAUUGGGUCAGGUUGGAGAGGGAACAUAUGGUAAGGUGUAUAAGGCCAAGAAUCGUGAAACCGGGGAGAUAGUGGCGCUAAAACGAAUACGUAUGGAGGCGGAAAAAGAAGGAUUUCCGGUCACCGCAUUAAGGGAAAUAAAAUUACUUCAAAAACUCAAACACGAUCACAUAGUUCGCUUAAAAGAGAUAAUGGUUUAUCAAGGAGUGGUAUAUAUGGUCUUUGAGUAUAUGGAUCAUGAUCUCACCGGCGUUCUUUCAAAUCCGCAAAUAACGUACGAGCCACAUCACAUUAAAUGUCUUAUGAAGCAAUUGCUGGAAGGUUUAGCUCACCUUCACGAGAAUCACAUUUUGCAUCGAUCUAAUAUAUUAUUAAAUAACCGAGGGGAGCUCAAGUUGGCAGAUUUUGGGCUCGCCCGUCUUUUUCACCCUAAUCGAAUGCAUGAUUAUACAAAUCGAGUCAUCACAUUAUGGUACCGUCCUCCGGAAUUAUGUUUGGGUGCCACCGAAUAUGGCCCAGAAGUCGACCUUUGGAGCGCCGGAUGUAUAAUGAUGGAGUUAAUAACCAGAAGGCCGCUAUUCCCGGGAAAUGACGAGAUCAAUCAACUAGAGAAGAUAUUCGAAUUGAUGGGAGUACCAACAUCUCAGGAAUGGCCGAAUAUAACCGAUCUGCCUUGGUAUACGGCACUUCAGUUCCCUGAACUUUGGAAAUCCAAGUUCAGGGAGCAAUACAAAAAUGUUCUCUCGCCAGGUGCUCUGAAUUUGGUCAAGGCGCUUCUAUCGGUGAAUCCAGCUCAUCGACCCACUGCACGAGCAGCUUUGAAUUUUUCCUACUUCACUUCGGAAGAACCCAGGUCAUGUUCACCUUCCGAGCUUCCCGAAAUUUUUGGGGAUUGGCAUGAGUACGAAUCAAAACAGAGAAAAAAGAAAGCUGGUGUUGCCAAUCCCUAG